CACGUCACAGUCACAUGACGAACAAGGAAGUUCCUGGAUCCAGAUUGUUAAACGCAACAACCCCGCGGAUAUUUUUUUUUAUAUUACUCUUUUUAAAGAGUAUUCCCGUUAGUAACCAUGACAACAACAAACCGGAAGCUAUGAGUCUGCGUGGAGACGUUUGUGUUUUUCUGUCUUGUGUUUUGUUGAGCUUGUUUUCGGAUGUUUUGUCGUUAACGGAGCAGAAACAAACCGUGAGUCUGAACGGUAAAUGGAGUCUUUCAAACUUUAAUGGUUCACUGUGGCUGCCUGCUCAGGUACCCGGAUGUGUCCACACAGCGCUACAACAACACGGAUUCAUCCAGGACCCGUAUUUCAGAUUCAACGAUCUGUCAUAUCGGUGGAUCGCCCUCGACAACUGGACAUACACGACGACAUUUACCGUCUCCACUCAGCUGAGGUCCAGACAGAAGGUGCUGCUCGUCUUUGACGGUGUCGACACUGUAGCGUCGAUUCUUCUCAAUGGAGUUGGUGUGGGGGAAACGGACAACAUGUUUCGCAGAUAUGAUUUCUCAGUGGGAGACCUGCUGAACGACGGGGAUAACGUGCUGAAGGUCGACCUGCUGUCUCCGGUUGUUUACGCGUCUGAGCGGAGGAACGCUCACUCUGCGUACAGAGUUCCUCCGGAGUGUCCUCCAGACGUCCAGAAGGGGGAGUGUCACGUCAAUUUCAUCCGAAAAGAGCAGAGCUCGUUCAGUUGGGACUGGGGGCCUUCGUUCCCCACGAUGGGACUCUGGAGGGACGUCAGACUGGAGGCCUUCGAUGUCCUGCAGCUCCUCCAGGUUUCAUCUGUCCCUCUAUACGACUCUGGCCUCUCCGCGUGGAGGGUCCAGGUGGAGCUUCACGUCGAUUCAGUUCAGACGACAAACAGACGCAUCACGCUCUCCAUCCCUGAGCUGGACUCAGAGGAGACCUUCGACGCACAGUUUGGACCGGGAAAGACCAAGAACGGCUUCACCUUACACAUCAACACGAGCGCCGAUGUGAAGCUGUGGUGGCCGAACGAACACGGUGACCAGCCUUUUUACCGUCUCAGCGUCAGAGGCUCCCAGGACGGGAUUUUGGUCCUGAGUACAGAAUCUAAGGUUUAUUUCCGAACAGUAGAGCUCGUCCAGGAGCCGAUCGUCGGGUCUCCGGGCUUGAGUUUUUAUUUCCGGAUCAAUGGGAAACCGAUUUUCCUCAAAGGCUCCAACUGGAUCCCGGCCCACUCCUUCCAGGACCGCGUCACCCCCGCUGUAUUAAGGAACUUGUUGCAGUCAGCGGCCGAUGCUAACAUGAACGCUCUCAGAGUGUGGGGAGGAGGAGUGUAUGAACAGGAUCUCUUCUACAGCCUCUGUGAUGAGCUGGGCAUCAUGGUUUGGCAGGACUUCAUGUUUGCCUGCGCCAUGUAUCCCACCGAGGACGACUUCAUCCAGACUGUGAGAGAGGAGGUCAUCCAGCAGGUCCGGCGUCUGAAGUCUCACCCGUCCAUCGUGAUCUGGAGCGGGAACAAUGAAAACGAAGCGGCUCUGGCGACGGACUGGUUCAACAUCCCCGUUACCCAGAGGCCCGUGUACCUGAAGGACUAUGUGACGCUGUACGUGAACAACAUCAGGGCGAUAGUUCAACAGGAGGAUCAGAGUCGUCCGUUCCUCGUCUCCAGUCCGACAAAUGGCGCCGAAUCCGAGCAGGAGGGAUGGGUGGCAGGAAACCCGUACGACCCUCACUACGGGGACACACACUUCUACAGCUACACGCUGGACUGCUGGGACUGGAGGACGUUCCCUCGGACGCGAUUCGCCUCCGAGUACGGCUUCCAGUCCUGGCCUUCCUUCUCCACCCUGCAGACCGUGUCUGUAAAAGAAGACUGGAGCUACAGCAGUAACUUCUCCUCCCAUCGUCAGCACCACGAGGACGGGAACCGGCAGAUGUUGCUGCAGGCCGCUUUACACUUCAACCUGCCGAACUCCACAGAUCCUCUGAGAAGAUUCUCAGAUACUCUGUACAUCACUCAGGUCAUGCAGGCCGAGUGUGUGAAGACUCAGACCGAGUUUUAUCGGAGAAGUCGGAGCGAGAUCGUCGAGGGCAAAGGUCACACGAUGGGCGCCCUCUACUGGCAGCUCAAUGAUAUCUGGCAGGCGCCUUCCUGGUCGUCUAUCGAGUUUGGAGGGAAGUGGAAAAUGCUGCAUUACUUCGCUCAGGAUUUCUUCGCCGCCGUCCUCCCUGUCGGGUUUGAGGACGCCGACACGCUGCUCAUCUACGCCGUCUCGGACCUGAGCAACGACCUGCAGCUCCGGGCGGUGGUGACCGUGUACUCGUGGGCCAAUCCGGAUCCCGUAUGCGCCCUGAAGUCCGACCCGCUCCCGGUUCCCGGAGGCAGCGCUGUGGUUAUUCUCAAGCAGCCUGUCGCCGCCCUGCUGGCAGGAUGUGGACACUGCACCCGCCUCACCUGCCUGCUCAUCUUUCACCUGGAGGACGGCGGCGGCAAGCAGCACGGCCCCACAAACCACCACUUCCUGUGCUCGCCCAAAGACGCCGAGGGACUCCGGCGACCAAACAUCACGGUGAAGGUCGAGGAGGACGCGACGGGAGGAAGUUACUCGGUGACUCUUCACUCGGUCUCUGUGGCUCCUUUCGUCUGGCUCGACGUGGGAAACGUCCCCGGGCGCUUCACCUCCAACGGCUUCCUGAUGGUCACCGGGAACACGACGGUCAGCUUCAACGCGUGGCGUCCCACCAGCGUCGCCGAACUCUCCCGAUCCCUCAGCGUCACGUCUUUAAGGGACGUUUACUGACCCCGAGAUACUGCAGGACUUUUCAGCUUGUUGAGGGAGAUCAGAUGAGGCAGCUGUUUGUGCCCUUUCAAAAUAAAAGCUUCUUCAAUCUUAUGAUUUAAUUAAGCAGAAGCUUUCCGUCUUCGUCUUUCUGGAUCCUUUAAGUCCAGUUUGCUUUCUGCUGUAUGUGCUGUGGCCGUGCUGAACGAGAGACGCAAUAUUACACCGCUGAAGUGGAUAUUUUACAAAUUUGUUUUUGUUGCCAAACAGCUGAGAAAAGUUUCCUGAUAAUGCUCGGAGCAGAAAAGCCUCAGACAACAGUCCGACCAUUGUAGUGAAUUUAAACUCUCCACAGAGUGAAACCCUGUUCUCAAUCAGGAGAGGAAAAACUCUUUAAUGAAGCUUUCAUGAACGUUUAAAACAAUCUAAUAAAACAUUCUUGGCAGGCUCUUAAUUCUCUUUCCUGUUUUAUUCCUGACGAGAGACGGAGGAGAACGUUGUUACACUCCCACUUCCUGUUUUUUUAAAAUGAACUCUUGAGCCAAAGUGCUAAUAAAUCUCUGUGCACA